AUGGUGCUAUGUUCGAUCACGCUUCGUACAAUAAACACGGCUUCUGAUAUGUCACUGUGGGUCACACACUCUUCCUUGAUGAUAGAAGAGAGACUUCACCAAUGGGGCACAAUUAGAAUGGACCCCGACUCCCACGUACGGUCACAUCCACAGUUUAUAUCAUGCACCUUUCGUUUUGGUUCUUGUUAUUAUUUGCUUUUACCCCAGCACAAGCAAGAAGCAACACAAAGAAAACUUGAGACGGAAAAAGAUUCACAGAAUCAGAAGUUGAUUAUAGGGAAUGGUGGUGCUGGGUGCGCCAUGACUGCUGCACCCAAUGCAGAGGAUGGUGGGGCUCUCAAGGUAAAGGAAGAACCAGGUGACACACACUGCCACACACAUGAGACCCCCCUCAUCAGCUACCCCUUUUUCCAAUCUAACCCCUUAUAA